AUGAGCAGUGAAGAACGGCCACCUUCGGCCAAGUCGAGGUCGAGCAAAACCUUUGGGAGCUUUGCCAAAUCGGGCGUGACUAUGGCAUCCGACGGCGUGGCCAGUGUCGUCAAGCCAUUUAGUUCCGUGGCAAAAGCUUCGGCCAAGGCUUCCGGCAAGGCUGUCAAGGCUUCUGGUAACCUGGUCCACGGAACUGUCAAGGCUUCCGGGAAAGCUGUCUCGGACACUGCAAACGCGCUGAAUCCUACGAAAAUGUUCAAGAAAUCAUCGAAACAUAAAACGGAAAAGCAGAGUUUGUACGAAGACCUGCAUGCGGAUCCCGCGGAAAGUUACUUGAUUGAAGGAUUGGAAGAAAGGGGAAGACGAACUGUUCCCAACGGCGAUGGCUUUAGACCUGCUGUGGAAGGAGAACGAGCUCCUUUUGGCCUGCACUCUCUAGGAAGAGCAUUCGAUGAAGAAGCUCCAUUGACGACUCAGUCUGCGCCGAACUAUCGCAGCAUGGCACGAAUGGCACGGCAACAAAGCCAAAAGUUUUCCUUUGAUGCCAAUGACCCAAGUAAUGACCUCAAUUUAAAGCCGAGCCCCAUGAACAGUCAUCAACGCGCGCAGACACUUCUUGAUAGCAUCAAUGAUGAUGAAGAAGAUGAAAAUAAUCCCAACAACAAAAGUCCCAUGGAAGAGGUAUCCUUCCCUGGAGGUCCCAUGGAAAUCAAUGUUGACGAGUCCCAUCCCCUCCUUGGUGGCGAGGGUCUUGAUCCAUUGGAGGGAAUAGAUGGCGGAGGCUAUCAUGAUCCAUCCUCCGGAGCACCCUAUCAACGACUCAAUGAGGCCCGAAGAGGUGGACCCAAGCGACGUUGUCAAAACAUACUCGCAUGCCUCAAUCCAUUGAACCUCAUCCGAAAUUUGUUAAAGGCCAUUCUCUUGCCUUUUUUGGCAUGGUACAUCCCAUUGUUUAUCAUUUCCUGGGUAUUGUUUUACUACUGCGGAAAUCCUGAGCUCGAUUUCAUGCCUGGUGAAGCCACCAUUUCCUGGUGGAUCAACUUUUUUGGUCGACAAUGCUUCUUGCUUCAAGUUUCUUACAUUCUGCAAACCAUUUUGAUUGAUUGGAUCAUUCUGUCCUCUCGCUUGGUAUUGGCCAUUGUAGGUCCUUGGGCGACCAUGUUUUGUCUACAAUCUCGAGGUUGGCCAUUCUUGGUUGGAUCUUGGGGCCUCCUGGCAAUGGUCUUUUUGCACGGUGACGAUGCCUUUUCGCAACAUUGGCUGCACUUUACUGGCAUUAAAAUCUUUACCACGGCCAAUUCUGGAACCUACAUUAUUGCCUCCAGUACCUACCUCCGAGUUCUCAUUGGCAUGGUAUUGGCUGGGAUUGCCACAUCCUUGAAGCGAACCAUUGUGACUCUGUACUUUGGAAAGAGAAGCUUUGAUAUCUACAAGACAAAACUGGAGAAGAUUCUCAACAAUGUCAUUUUGGUGUCGGAAGUUGCCGAACUUUCGGCUGCAGCCGAAGACCUUGAAGGAAUAGAAACCAGCAGCCGAGAGACCCCACCACGUGGAGCUCGCAGAAGCGGCCCUGGUCAUGUUCGCUGGUCCAGUCUUCGUUUUGAAGACCGAAAGAAAAUGAGAAAUUCCCCUCAACAACCGGUCGACGAACUCUCAGAUAGCGAUGGAAGCAAUGACGAUGAGGAGAGUGAGGGACACGAUAGUGACAAAAGCGAUGCUAGCGAGGUCAAACCUGCUGAGAGCAAGGAUGAUAAAAGCGAAGAGGAGGACGAUAUGAUGAGCACUGAGAAUCGCAUUGACCCCAGUUCUCCUUUCAACAAAUCCUAUUCCUCAAUUUCAGCAGACACCAGUGUAAAACAUUUCAAAAUGAAGAACCAGCUUGGCCGAUGGGACGAUCCACUGAAUAAGAUGGACGCCAAGUCGGAAUCGUCUGUUUCUGACAUUUUGAAGUUUCGAAAGGCACUGACUUACAUGGACUUAGAACACCCAUUUUCCGAAUCCUUUGGACCAGCAUCGAGCAGAGACGAACUGUUGACUUCUGCUCAGGCUGUCUAUUCGCGACUUCGACGACUUUCGCCGGAAGGAUCAGCGACCCUUCCGUUAUCGGUGCUAGCAGUGUUGGCCGAGAAUGAAGAUGGGACUGUCGAUAAACAGACACGUAGAAGUCUGAAAAAGAUCUUUCCUCCGGACAGAAUGGGCAAUGUGUCCCUCUUUUCCUUUGUCAUGGGCUGUGAUUCGGUAUACAAGAAGCUUCGCUACUUUAGGGCCUCUGUCGGCAACUCAUCCGUGAUCGACAAAGUGCUCGAGGAUAUCGUCGACACUCUGUUCUUCUUUGUCCUUGUUAUUCUCAUUCUCUCCCUACUGAACUUGAAUCCAUGGCCGCUUCUAGUGUCCACAUCCACUCUGAUGGUGACUUUUGCGUUUGCUCUUGGACCCAGUGCUGCAAAAGCCAUUGAGGGUAUGAUUCUCAUUGUCGGUCGAAGACCUUAUGACAUUGGUGAUCGAAUCAUCAUUUCCAAUACCCCCGGUGAAGCAGUUCCAGGAGUAGCCAAUUCAUGGUUUGUUGAAGACAUUACACUCUUCACUACAACAAUCCGAUUCGGAGCCAACAAUGAACUCGCUACUCUCAGCAAUGGUUCGAUUGCACAAUCAAGAAUUACGAACUGUGCAAGAUCAAAGAAGGCAACUGUUCACCUUGUAUUGAAAUUGCACAUUCGAUUUCACGAGGGUUCGAACUUGGCGGACUAUAGGGAAGCUCUUGACACUUAUGUCUUGAACAACCCAAACCGAUGGGAUUCGAUCGUUUUCUUCCGCUGCGAGGAAAUCGAUGCUGACAAUGAAUUCGUUGUCUACCGUUUGGUAACUCGGUCAACUCAGUCGUGGCAACCUGCGCCGAGGGUGCUCGAGCACCGAUCACAGCUACAUCGAUUCAUGCUGGAUCUUGCAAAGAGAAUGGAAGUCCAAUUCAACGCUCCACUUCCAAGCAGUGUUAUCUAUUCUGGUGGCGAUAUGAAGGACAUCACAAAUCCGAAGAUUAACAGAGCAAGAGAUCUCGAAGCAUCAUCGGCCGUACUGCCUAUGGAUGUUGGUUCGGAUACUGACGAGGACCCAGAAAGCGACGGGAUUCACCAAACGGAGAAUGCUGCGAGACGUGCCAGUACUGUUGGUGUUGGCGAGUAA